GCUAGUAUGCGGACCGCUGACAGGCUCUCUUACUCAGAGGUAGUCGGCGCCAUGCUGGGCAGUGAUGCUUUGCUAUAUGUUGUGGAGGGGGACUACGCCACUUACCGUCACAUAUAUUUGAUGCCUCCAUUGACAGAAGCUCGUAUUCCGAUGAUGAGACCUGCCGGUAUGUCAUCCUCGGACCAGGCUCAGGCUCGAGCUACAGACAUCCCUUCUUCUAGCAGGGCUGGCACAUCUAGAGGUGGGAGUAGACCGUUUCCUCCGACUCCGUCGAUUCAUCCUCAUCUAGGAUGGCCAGAUAUGCCUACUGAGUUGAUGGCGUGGCAGUAUGGGGCUAGCUCUCCGACCCCGAUCCCACUAGAGCCUCCGAUGCCUAGUGAUCGAUAUGCCAUUGAUCCGGACUCACCGCCAGUAUGCUCCAUUUUUCAUUCAUCAUUCAGAUGUUUAGACACUCUUCUGUUCACUGAUGAUUAUGAGCUCAUUUUUGCAGCCAUCGCGAGGAUACAUAGAGGAGGUGGUUGGACUGGUGGCCACACUCGAGGGCAUGGUCCUGCGCAGGGAGGCACAGUUAUCUGUCGCGGGCAUUCAGAUGCCUUCAUGGUCCGGUCAGCCGCAGACCAGGCCACCUGGGCCUCAUUGGGGAGCUGGGCCAUCUGA